AGCAGCGUCUUUAACCCUGAGCUUGUGCUGCAGCGUGGUCUCACACACUCACACACCUGAAGAGAACGCUCCGUGUCUGUGGAAGACGACUGAACGCAUCAUGGUGUGAUGGAGUUCGCAGUUUCUGUGAUCAGUCCCUCGUAGCAUUAGCGCGCUCAGCUAACACCAUGUUGUACCUGGCUCACACGGCUCACUGGCAGUUCUUUGGCCUGGCCGUGGGCUCGCUGGCCUGGAUCAUCACCAUGGCGACGGUCGGGCUGAACGAGUGGCGGCUGUGGUACGUGGAUGACGUGCCAGCCGUCACGUCGGGCGUGGCCUGGGUGGGGAUCUGGAGGGCGUGUUUCUACAGCCACGUGCUCUCAGAGGCGGAGUUCUGUCGCAGCAUGGGCGUCGCCGACGCCUUCGUUCCCGUGGAGAUUUUGGUGGCUCAGGUGUUGAUGAUGCUGUCGGUGAUCUGCGGCCUUGCAGCGAACUUCGUGGCGGCGGCGGCCAUGAGGAUGGCGUACUUCUCUGUGAAAGACAGGAGGAACAUAAGACGGAUGUUCGUGCUGGCGGGGACGCUGUACCUCCUGACGGGGGCGCUCUCUUUGGUGCCGUUGGCGUGGAACAUGAACUCUGUGCUCGUCAACAGAACCAUUGACUUCCCGCCGGAGUUCCACCUCCCCGCGGCACCGCUUACGCAGCAGGUGGGCUCGGCCAUCGCCGUCGGCAUCAUCGCCUCCAUCCUGAUGCUGGUGAGUGGAAUCAUCUUUCUGUCGUACCGGUACGUACGACGCACGCUGACAUCCGAGACGCAGCGACAUGCGAACAAACCAACCUACCGCCACUGGUCGCUGACGUCUGCGACGGCCGACGUGAACGGCCGAGACAACGCUGCGUACUUCAGUGACGACGUGUCCUGAAAAUCAACCUCGUCUUCAUAGUCCAAAGAAAAGGAAACAUUUUAUCGAUACUCACGGACGAGAUGACGCAGACGCUGGAUCCAAAUCUGGAAAAAUAAGGGGGCGUGGCCUGAAUAAUAUCCAGAUAAGAGUGAGUCCAUGUGUGAACACGGACGACUUUAUUCACACGUGACCAGUUUUCAUGUCUCUAAACUUUUCAUAUGUCACAUGAUUGAAAUCAAAACAAUAAAAAAAGUAUUCAAGCAG